AUGGCGGACGCUGCCUUGGAGCGCGCUGAGGCUGCCGAGGCUAAGAACAAAGAGCUGGAGCAGGACAACCUCAUGAAGGAGCAGGAGAUUGCGAGUCUGCAGCACAAGUUGUCCGUGGUGGAAGCCGACUUGGAAAAUGCAGAAAAUAAGCUGAGUGAGGCUCAAGUUGGCAAAGAGGAGGGAGAAAGCCACAAGUCCAACGUCGACAUUCUGCAGCGCCGCAUUGAUAUGCUUGAGGAGCAGCUGGACUCUACGGACAAGAAUCUGAGGGAGACUACCGAACAGUGUCUGGAGCGCCAGAUCCAGGGUGCCGAGCAAGAGCGCGACCAGUGGGAGCAGAAGUACGAGGAGGCCAAUGAGAGGUACCAGGCCUCCAAGCGCGAGCUUGAUGAGGUUGUCCAGCAGAUGGAGAGCCUCUAA